UAUUUCUUUCCGCAAUACGCACUCAGAGUUUGCCUACUUAAACUCCCAUUCCUCUUGCACCGCCUCACACCAUUGGCAUCAUCACCAUAUUCCUCUUCUCUCUCCUCAUAACAAGGUGUUUUGAUCAAGGCUUUGGAAUUUGACCUUGUAAUGGAGAAGAGUAAAAAAUUGCAGAAGAGCUACUUUGAUGUGUUGGGACUGUGCUGUUCCUCCGAAGUACCACUCAUUGAAAACAUCUUAAAACCUCUCGAAGGAAUCAAAGAGGUUUCUGUCAUAGUUCCUUCACGGACUGUCAUUGUUCUCCAUGACACCCUUGUCAUUUCGCAACUUCAAAUCGUUAAGGCAUUGAAUCAAGCGAGAUUAGAAGCUAAUGUGAGAGUACAUGGAGAUGAAAAUCAUGGAAAGAGAUGGCCAAGCCCUUACUCGAUUGCUUCGGGUUUUCUACUUUUGGUUUCUUUGCUGAAAUUUGUGUACCCUCCUUUGAAGUAUGUAGCAGUUGGUGCAGCUGCUGCGGGUAUUUACCCUAUCGUUCGAAAGGCCUUUGCCUCCAUUCGUAAUCUUAGGAUUGACAUUAGCAUUCUCAUGAUCAUAGCAGUUGUUGGGACAAUCGCUAUGCAUGAUUAUUUGGAAGCCGGCACCAUUGUUUUCCUCUUCUCAAUUGCAGAAUGGCUAGAAUCAAGGGCAAGCUACAAGGCAACUGCAGCAAUGUCGUCUUUGAUGAACAUAGUCCCUCAAAAAGCAGUGAUAGCUGAAACAGGAGAGGUUGUGGAUGCUGAUGAGGUGAAAGUAAAUACCGUUUUAGCUGUUAAAGCAGGUGAGGUGAUACCCAUAGAUGGAGUUGUUGUGGAUGGAACCUGUGAAGUUGACGAGAAAACUUUGACUGGGGAAUCAUUCCCUGUGGCAAAACUAAAGGAUUCUACUGUAUGGGCUGGCACCAUCAAUAUGAAUGGUUAUAUCAGUGUGAAAACUACUGCACUGGCUGAAGACUGUGUGGUGGCUAAAAUGACAAAACUUGUGGAAGAAGCUCAAAACAGCAAAACCGACGUUCAGACAUUGAUUGAGAAGUUUGUCAAGUUUUAUACCCCUGCCGUUGUAAUCAUAUCAAUCCUUGUAGCAGUGAUUCCACUUGCGUUAAAGUUAAAAUUACGUACAGAGAAAUACUGGAUUCACAUAGCAUUGGUUGUUUUAGUGAGUGCAUGCCCAUGUGCACUCAUCCUUUCAACUCCAGUUGCAACCUUUUGUGCUUACACCAGAGCAGCCACAUCAGGUCUUCUCAUCAAAGGGGGUCAUCAUCUUGAAACACUUGCAAAAAUCAAGGUCAUGGCCUUUGACAAAACGGGUACCAUAACUAAGGGUGAUUUUGUGGUCACAGAGUUUCAAUCUCUUUCAGAUGACAUAGAUUUGAACACAUUGAUUUACUGGGUGUCAAGUGUAGAGAGCAAGUCAAGCCAUCCACUGGCAUCUGCGAUUGUUGAUUAUGGAAGGUCUCUCUCCGUGGAACCAGAGCCAGAAAAGGUGACAGAAUUUGAAAACUUUCCUGGGGAAGGAAUCGGUGGAAAAAUGGAAGACAGAGUUAUUUACAUAGGAAAUAAAAAAAUAGCCGCAAGAGCCGGGUCUGAAUCAGUUCCAAUAUUACAAGGAGAAAAUGCAAGAGGAAAGACCACUGGAUACAUAUACAUAGGAGCAACCCCAGUUGGAUUUUUCUCUCUUUCAGAUGUUUGCAGGUUAGGUGUUGAGGAAGCAAUCGGGCGGUUGAAGUUAAUGGGAAUAAAAACAGCCAUGCUCACUGGAGACAGUGAAUCUGCUGCAAUGCAAGCACAGGAGCAGCUGGGGCAUUCUCUGGAGUUAGUCCAUGCAGAACUGUUGCCGGAGGACAAGGUGACAAUCAUCUCAGAGUUUAAGAGGGAAGGUCCAACAGCCAUGAUCGGAGAUGGUAUAAACGACGCGCCGGCAUUAGCUUCAGCUGAUAUCGGAAUCUCAAUGGGCAUUUCAGGUUCUGCACUCGCAAGUGAGACAGGCAACAUAAUUCUUAUGUCAAAUGACAUUAGGAAGAUACCUGAAGCCAUUAAGCUAGCAAGAAGAACACGUCGGAAAGUGCUGCAAAACAUCAUUCUGUCGAUCACUACUAAGGCUGCGAUUAUUGGUUUGGCCAUUGGUGGUCAUCCAUAUGUUUGGGCAGCAGUGGUUGCUGAUGUUGGAACGUGUCUGGUGGUCAUCUUCAACAGCAUGCUACUCCUUCCAAGAGCACACAAGCAUGGAGGAAAAUCUUGUAGAUCGUCCACUAAAUCUCAUAACCACAAUAGUGGAUGCGGUGGCACUCAUGGCCAUGAUCAUGCUCACCACCAACAUCAACAUUGUCAUGAUCAACACGAUCACCAUCACCAUCAACACAAGCAUGAACAUGAUCACCACAAACAUCAACAUUGUCAUGAUCAACACGAUCAUAAACAUGAUCACCACCAUCAGCACGAUCAUGAUCACGAUUCCCACCAUCAGAAAAAGCACGAGCACGAUCACCACCAUGAGCAUCAACACGAGCAUGAUCACCACCGCCACACCAAUGACCACUGCCACCCUAUCCCUGGUUGUGAAAACCUGAAAGACCAUAAAUGCAGAAGUGUUUCACAUUGCAACGAAGACACGCAUCAUAAAAAGUCAGGUUGUCAUCCAGAAAGUGAGAAGCAUGGGACAGGUGAAAUAUCCGUUGACAUCAUCGUUGAACAUGUUGAAUCAAGCCCAAUGCAGGGUUGCUCAAGUUUGGCAGAGAAAGAGAAAGGUUCCUGCUGUGAAGGCUGCUCAGACACGUGCGAGAAUAUGGGUGUGGUGUGUGGUUGUGAGAGUUCAAAAGAGGGAGAAGAUAGUGCGUGUUGCAGAAACGAAUGGUCUUCAAAAGAAUGCAAUGAAUCUGGGAUUAUUCAUGGUUUGAAUAAGAGAGAAUAUGGUGGAUGUUGCAAGAGCUACAUGAAGGAAUGCUGUGGGAAAGUUGGACACUCAAGAGGUGGUUUUGUUGGUUUGUCAGAAAUUAUGACAGAAUAGGUGUGGCUGAUUUCAGCGUAAGCAAGAGAUGUCAGCAUGCAGAAUUAUAUUUACAUAGCAGAUUUUUGGUGGUACAUAGUUUGAGGAGUUCAUUGAAGUGAACACAAAAUGGUGUUUGCGACCUCCAUUUUACCAGACAGGUCUGCAGGAGCUUGAUAUAUGAUGAACUUAGAUUUUUCGGUAAAUCUGAUAUGUGGCUUUAUUUAUAUAGGGAUUUUCAUUCCUGAAGGAGAAGGGGAACCGAUCCUUCAGAAUGUUGUUUAUGUAGAUGUUCAGGGUUACUUUCUUUUUCCUUUUUAAAAAUCUAUGUUGAUAUAUGUAGUACUCUGACAUUAAAAUAAGAACUUCACAGCUUUCUGAUUCCAAUA